ACCAGGUUCAGCAGUAUUCUCUACCGUACUCCAAGAUACCAGGGGGAACGAUACCCGAAAACUCAUACUAACAAAAUACCUCACUACUGACGAAAAUUACAGCUUGCCAUGCCUCGUGAAAACAGUUUCACGGACUCUGUCGGGCGUUCCUUGACGCCCGACCUUGAGGACGAGUUCGCGCCAUCGCUUCCAUCGCCGCGUUGCGCAUCUCCUGUUCAGGUUGAACUGUCUCUACCCUCCAAUGGAUCCUCCCGAGAGCCUGUAACCCAAUCUCGGCAACGAGCAUUUUCGUCAAUAACCCCAGCAUCACUGCAGUCCAAGCGUCCUGCCAUCCUUACCCCAAAAGACCGCUUCCGCGCAUGUGUUCGCAAAGUAAUUUCCAUGCAUCGGACAUCAACUAUCUUUACGCGCUUUGGCCUCGCUGGUGCAGAACCCGGUAUUGACCCGCGCAAGCAGUCUGCGUAUCUCCAUUAUGCGCACAUCCGCGAGCGCUGCGAGAUCCAGAUCACAGAUUAUAGUACUGUGCGGAGCAGCUUUGGAAAGAUGGAUAAUGAACGCUUUGUACAAAUGUUCAACGAUGUGAAGAGUUCGGAGAGGGAGCCGUGGGUGAAGGUUAGGUGGAUAAAUGUGUGUGGCAUCAGUUGGGACGUAAUGAGUGCGCUUGCCCUGAAAUACGACCUUCACCCCCUCGCCCUCGAAGACGUCCUCCACAAACGCGGACACACGCGCUCCAAAACGGACUAUUACAGCAAACACCUCUUCAUUCAUGCCGUAUCUCAUACACUCGUUUCUUCUUCUUCAUCUCCAAACUCCUACAUCCCAGAAGACGAAGACCCCUUGCCGCCACGGAGCGCCUCACCAGGCCCAAUGACGCCAGGGGACUAUCCCAAGAAGGAGUAUCUCAAGGAUAACGAUGUCGAUGCAGAGAUUGGGGAUGAAGAUCGUACAAUGUAUGGCGGCAGUGCGCCUGCAACCUGGAGGCUUCGGGGCGGUAUCAGGAGCAGAAGGUCAACGAAUGCCGACACGGAGAGCGCGGCGAGGGGCAACGAAGCCAACACCCCGCUGACAACUACUACACGGAAAGAGAGUGCGUCCCGAAAACGUCGGGAGAAAGCUCAAAUGACUCUCGCGGACCUGAAGAAGGAAGGUCGCGUGAACGUCUGCGUCCAGCCGAUAUCAAUCUUCUUGUUGAGAGAUGGCACAGUUAUAUCUAUCAUGCCCUCCAACUUCGUCGACUUUGCGGGUCCCAUCAUGGCGCGCCUCCGACAGCCCGACACAGGCCUACGUGCAUCUGCAGAUUCCAGUUUGCUCGUCCAAAGUCUUCUGGAUCUCAUCGUGGACUCCGCACUCGAGGUAGUGGAUGCAUUCCAUGAGAAAAUAUUACAGCUAGAGUAUGACGUGUUGAUGAAGCCGAAUGUGAAGGUCGUUUCGCGGCUGCAUAUUCUUUCGGGUGAUUUGACGCUGCACAAGCGGACCCUCGGGCCGCUGAAGACGGUCAUCUAUGGGCUGCGGCGGUACGAUGAGGAUCGAUGUGCUGCACUUCUCUCGUCUGAGGAGAAGGAGAUUCAAGAGCGAAGAGGGGAGAGAAUAAAGGGGUUCAUGACCCACAAGAGUAAAAUAUACCUGGCGGACGUGCACGAUCACAUGGAAUAUAUCCUUACGAGUAUGGAUAUGUUCGCAGGGAUCACAGAGAAUCUGAUCAACUACACGUUCAAUAUCAAAUCAUACGAGAUGAACGUAGUCAUGCGCCGCCUCACUCUCGCCACUAUCAUAUUCCUUCCGUUGACGUUACUUUCGGGUUACUUCGGAAUGAACUUUGACCCUAUGUGGAGUGUCAAUACCCAUUCCGAAGUCUUUUUCUGGAAGAUUGCGAUCCCUGUCAUGGCGGUCGUCAUACCAUUAUUUAUGUGGCCAGACUUGAUGCGCGUGGGACAUUACGCUGAGAAGCGGUGGGUGGCAAGAAAGCCGAUGAUGGGCAAGUCAGCGUGAAUACUGCUGGCAAAUGGAUGCAAGAUCACGUGUGGUCGUGUUACCUGACCCUAUGUGGUUGAUUUGAUUUCACGGGUGUGUUGUUUCGUAGAUUUUGGAGCGUUUGAUAUUGCUUCUUGUUAUUAUCUCGCUUCAUAGUUGUUGCAUUUUUAUUGUAUGGCGUUACAGAUGCCAGGCUUCAAGAGCGGAUGUAUUAACGGAUGCAUCGAGUAAAUCGAAUAUCCUAUGGUACAUCAUAGAUACAACCACCUUUGCGUGACAGUAUACCACUUCGGAUUCCAACACACCUAACAAG